GAGAGCACACACACAGAGCUACGUGGUGAGGAGAGUGUCGACAGCAAAGGGAGGCGGGACAGGGCCGAGGCAAAGAGAUCAGUCACUUCAGUCCUGCAGGAGAAAAAGCUUUUUCUCCUCAGGACUCAUUACAACUGUUUGUGAUUUUAAAAAAAACACGGAUUUUUAACAAUCAACUUCAAACAAUUCACACAGCAACUGACAGGAGAAAAAAUAAAUAAUGGAAGAUUACUCUUAUCACGAGGACGAGGACCCCAGCUUUAAUGACACGUAUGAUUACGAUUAUGAACACAGUGUCUGCGACAAAGAGACGGUGCGCUCCUUUGCCAGCGUCUUCCUGCCGGUCGUCUAUGCCCUGGCUCUGGUGGUUGGUCUGGCCGGGAACACCCUGGUAGUGGUGGUCUACACAUCAAAGCUGCGACUACGAACCCUGACAGAUGUGUGCAUCCUUAACCUCGCCAUUUCCGACUUACUGCUUCUCCUCACCCUCCCCUUCUGGGCGGCUGAUGCCGUUCAUGGCUGGAAGUUGGGUUCGGCAGCCUGCAAGAUCACCUCCUUCCUCUACAGUGCCAACUUCAGCUGUGGGAUGCUGCUGCUGGCGUGUAUCAGUGUGGAUCGCUACCGCGCUGUCACCCAAAGUCCAUCAGGCAGGACUGGGACAGGUGCCCGUCUAAGGAGACAAUGGCUCCUGGUGUGUGUGGUGUUGUGGGCUGUGGCCAGCUUUCUUGGCCUUCCCGAACUUAUCUUCUCCAAAGUGAAACACUCUCACAACCGGACGGCCUGCACAGCCGUCUACCCCCACAGCAUGGCCAGACCAGCAAAGGCUGCCUUGGAGCUGCUGGAGGUGACACUUAGAUUCUUGCUGCCUUUCUUAGUCAUGGUGGCGUGCUACUGCUCGGUGGGACGGAUCCUGAGCCGGGCGGCCGGGGUGCAAAGAGACCGGAAGUGGCGUGCCCUGCGAGUCCUGCUGGCUGUGGUGGCCGUGUUCCUGCUCACCCAGCUGCCCUACAACGUGGUCAAACUGUGCCGAGCGAUGGACGUCAUCUACAAUCUUGUGACCAACUGCGAUGUCAGCAAGGGCCUGGAUCAUGCUCUUCAAGUGACAGAGAGCCUGGCACUGUCCCACGCCUGCAUUAACCCUCUCCUCUACGCCUUCCUCGGCUCCUCCUUCAGGGUACACGUCCUCAAGACCGCCAAGCAACUUGGACAGAGGCUUAAGAGACACUCAAGACGCGUGAAAGAGGAGCCGGCAGUGGAGAUUUCACUCAACACGUGCAAUCCAGCGCAAUCCCAGUCUGGUUCAGAGGACCAAGACACAAGCACCUUCACUAUUUAAAGCAACACUAUGUUACUUUUACUGAGCAACAGCGCCCCCUGCAGCCACACAGGGUGAUUAGUUCUGUUGGGCGCUGUCCGAGCAAUUAAGGGGUUUUCAUGUUGAGAAAAAACAAAGCCUAUUAAUCUAUUGACUGCGCACUGAACUGAAACACAGCUGAGUCCAUGAUCCUUGGCUUCCUGAACCUGAAGAGCUGCCGCUGUAACAAUUCCAACAAACUCUGUGGAAAAUUCUUGAUAUUUGAAAAGUUUCCUCGCUGAUUAUUGGUAAUAAACUCUGGUUUUUAAGACUUCUUGGUCUUUUUAAACGAUCUACAGUUCAGCUUUACUCUUGAACUUGCUAGAACUGAUUCUGACAAAUAAAGCAGCUACUAUCAGUCAGUAACACACUUCUUACAGGAGAUCAUACCAACUCACUGAACAUCUGUUACCGAGAACAGAGUGGGAACGAAAGCGGCACUAAUCUCUGUCAGUGAACCACCAAACUGAUUUUGAAGAUGCUAUAAAAAAGGUAAAGAAAAGUUGUAUAGUGCUGCUUUUACUCAUGACAUAUAUAUUUUCCUGUAAGCACCUGUUGUAUCCAUGUAUAUAUGUUUGCACAUCUUUUUGUAUCUUUAUCAUGUAAGCUAGACAUAAAUAACAAUAUACAUGAAUUCUUAGUGUAUUGAAUAUAUAUAAAAACAUUGGGUGUAUAUGCAUCAACUAAGCAAAAAUAUUUUCUAUAAAUAAAGUUUUUUAUUAAAUAAAGCAAAGAUUUUCUGUGUCAUGCAUCUAUCUACAUCUGUUAGAAUUAAACCCAAAACAAAUCCAAUUCAACACAACAGUCUGUGCCUCUGUCCAUACGACCAUGUGCAUCUCAUUUGAUCCCAUCCUGGGGCUUUGUGUUGGGCUGUGACUUGACUGCACAGUUUCAGACCCAUUGAGUUAAAAAAAAAAAAACAGAUUUGGCGAACGAAGCCAGAGCAGCAAACAGCACAGGCGUGUGGAGCUCUUCAAUUUCAAUGAUGUUGAAUAAUGUAUUUAAAAUAAAGCUUGAGUGCAUUUCA